AGGUGUCUCGGUUGAUUGGCACCUUCUCCCCGCCCUCAAUCUCCCACUAGUCCCAGGUGACCUUUCCCCCAGAUCCCAGGGUCCAGGCCCGCCCCUGACGGGAGGUGUGGAACACAGAAGCAGCUGUGAUUGGUCAGAGGCGGCGGGGGUGUGUCCCAGGCGCCCACAGCCAGGCAGCUGAGCUGAGCAGGUGGACUCCCAAGACAGACCAGGGACAGAUCAGGGGUCGCCUGGCAGCGGCAGGCUUGUCCCACUGGAUCCCUUCCCUCCAGAUAUGGCCUCAGGCCCCCUCGAUCUCUAGCCCUGUGGCCCUUAGAGGGUGCAGACAGCCUAGGCGCCGCCACCUCAGGGCCCGUGACCAUGCCUCUGACGCGAGCACAGCCGGUCGCUGGCGCGGAGGAAACAGAGACAGUGGCCCCAGCUGUGGACCUGGUGCUGGGCGCCUCGGCCUGUUGCCUGGCCUGCGUCUUCACCAACCCCUUGGAGGUGGUGAAGACCCGGCUGCAGCUGCAGGGGGAGCUGCAGGCCCCAGGCACCUACACUCGGCACUACCGGGGCUUUGUGGCUUCCGUAGCCGCUGUGGCCCGUGAAGAUGGGCUGUGCGGCCUGCAGAAGGGACUGGCCGCAGGCCUCCUCUACCAGGGCCUCAUGAACGGCGUCCGCUUCUACUUCUACAGCCUCGCCUGCCAGGCUGGCCUCACCCAGCAGCCAGGUGGCACUGUGGUUGCAGGUGCUGUGGCUGGGGCACUGGGAGCCUUCGUGGGGAGCCCUGCUUACCUGGUCAAAACGCAGCUGCAGGCUCAGACGGUGGCUGCGAUAGCCGUGGGGCACCAGCACCACCACCAGAGCAUCCUGGGUGCCAUGGAGACCAUCUGGCGGCAGCAGGGCCUGGCAGGGCUGUGGCGGGGCGUGGGUGGGGCCGUGCCCCGAGUCAUGGUCGGCUCUGCUGCCCAGCUGGCCACCUUUGCCUCUUCCAAGGCCUGGGUGCAGGAGCAACAGUGGCUCCCGGAGGACAGCUGGCUGGUGGCCCUGGCUGGUGGCAUGCUCAGCAGCGUAGCUGUGGUCGCAGUCAUGACCCCCUUCGACGUGGUCAGCACACGGCUGUACAAUCAGCCUGUGGACGGAGCUGGCAGGGGCCAGCUGUACAGGGGCCUCGCUGACUGCCUGGUGAAGAUCUGGCGGCAGGAGGGCCCCCAGGCGCUCUACAAAGGCCUGGGCCCCGCCUACCUGCGCCUGGGCCCCCACACCAUCCUCAGCAUGCUUUUCUGGGAUGAGCUCCGGAAAGUGGCCGGACAGAGCCAGCACCAGGGCACCUAGGUGGCGUCCCUCGCCCCCGAAUCCUGGAGCAGCCCAGCACCCCGCGCCAGCUGGGGAUGGCCACCUCAGAGCCUGCCACAGGUCCGAGGACAGUGUGCACAGCUCUGGUCAACCCAGCCCCGUGGCCCACCAACCUGCUCCAAAUCACCACCCUCUUUGUUUUCCAGGAAGUUCCCUUCCCUUCCUUCUCUGUGUGGGGUUGCCUUGUCCCAGAGCCUUGCUCAUCGUUAUAAUUACUGCUCCCGAGCAUCACCAUGAGCUGGGGCACUUCCAUGCCUCAGCUUACUUUGUCCUCGGACAACAGUGUGACACAGUAAAAUCCUCUGUUACUGAUGAGGAAGCUGGGGCUCAGAAAGGUGAGGUGCUUUGACCAAGUGGCAGAGCCGGGGCUGGGGAGCUCUGCCCAGAACUGUGCCCUUGGCAAGAACCAGGACCAUGGGGACUGGCGGGCCCUGAGGGAUCACUACACACGCGAGGGGGCCUUGGGGUCAUCAUCUGUGUUAGUCUGCUAGGGCUGCCGUAACAAAGUAACUCAGACUGGGCGGCUUAAACAACAGAAAGUUAUUUCCCCACAAUU